AUGAUGAACAUAUUUAGAGAAUUAAACGAUUAUACCAAUUUUUUGCCAGAAAAAAUAAAGAAAAAUGUAAAUAAAGAAAAAUAUGAUUUAUUAAGUGAAAUUAAAAAAAGGGUACUUCUUAAAAAAAAUAAUUCUUAUAAUGUUACAUCAGUAAUUAAGCUAUUUAAUGCAUAUGAAACAAUUAAUACAAAGAAGCAUAAAUCAUUUCACUAUUACAUUUUUAUGAUUAGAUAUUUAUGGGAUUCUCUACAAAAUAAGAAUCUCAGUCCGAAUCUAAAAUCGUAUAUUUGUCAAUCCCUUUCAAAUAUCCUGAAGAAUAUAAAAAAAUACAUUUUAGAUGAUUUUUUUUUUGAAUAUGAUAGAGAUCUAAUUGAAAAAGAUGAGGAAAUUAUGAGUUACGAUGAAAUUGAAAGUGAUUUUACUAAUAAUUCUUAUGCAGAUAUUAGUGAUCACUAUUAUCAAGAGUAUAAAAGGGUUGAUGAAGAAAGUGAAGUAGAAAGUGUUAUUAAUGAAGAUAAAGUGAAAAUGUUAAAUGAUUUUUACAUUUCAUAUAAUGGUAUAUAUAAAAAAAAAGAAGAAAAUUGUUCUUUUUUUAAUGAAGAAGUUAUAAUUAAUGGUAAGGAGGAAAGCUUUCGAUUAUAUAUUCAAAAGUGCAUUUUUAAUAUAAUAGAUUAUGAGUAUUUAUUUAAUUUAGUAUAUGACUAUUUGAGCAAUAAUACUACUAAGCAUGAUGGUUGUAGUCAUAAUGCUUAUAAGAAUUACAUUAGCUCGUUGCUAAAUGUUUUGAUUAGUUUGAAAUCCUUUUGUUAUUAUAAUAUUAAUAUACAUAAUUUACUAGUUGACUUUUCUUUAAAUAACAACCAUUCUAUAAAAUAUGAAGAAUAUGUUGAUAAAAAAGGAGGUUUUUGUUUUGAAAAUAAUUAUUUUGAUAAGGAUUCAAUCAUUUUUAUCAUAAAUGAAAAACUAAAUGAAAAAAUUAGUAGAAGUAUAGGGAACAAUGAUGAAGAAAAUAAUAUUGAUAUAAAUACAACGUCAAUAAAGAAUCAAAAUAAAAAUUUUAAUAUAGAUAAAUCAGUAUGCUUGAUAGAUAAUCUAGAAUUAUGUACACGAUAUAAUACUAUAAUUUUAAAUUUUGUUAUAUUAUGCCAUUUAAGUUCUGAUGAUUUAUGCUUUAAGUUAAUUAAAUAUAAUAAGCUACUUUUUUUGUAUAAUAAGAUAAAGAAAUUUAAUUGGAAUUGCAUAAAUUAUUCGUUUGUUAAAAUAAUAUAUAAAGGAUUAAAAUAUGCAUAUAUAUAUAAUAUUAAUUUAAAAAAAGAAAUAAAUGAACUGUUGAAUGUAAUAUUUUUUUUAUUUAUGUUUUAUAUAAAAUUACCUAACAAUGCUCAAUUAAAUUCCUCAAAGUAUUUUAUUCCAGAUGAAUAUAACAUACUAGUUAAUGAUAAUGAAAGUGUAAUAAAAAUUAUUUCAAAAAUAUUCGUUUUUUUAUUGAAUAAAAAUUAUAGAAAUAGAGAAGAAAAAGAAGAUAUGCCAAAUAAAGAAAAGGAUCAAAAGUUAUUAGAAAAAUUUCUUUCUUAUUUAGAUGAAAAAAAUUUUAAUUUAAAUGAUUUUGAUGAAAAUAAAGAUAUGUUUUUAAUAUUUGAAAACACUGAUACAUAUGAUUACAUAAAUAUUAUAACUUCUUUAUUCAUGCCUCAUAUACAUCCAUCUAAUAUAGGUAAACAUAUAGGAAAUAUAAACAUAUUCAUAAAUUCUUUCUUAUUUUGUUUUAUUAGAAAAAUGAAAAGAGAAGAAAUUUUUUUAAAAAAAAUGGAAAAAAAAAGUAGUGAAAAUCUCGAUAAUAAUAAAUUAGGUAAUGAGAUUGAUGAUUAUAUAAAUAAUUAUUUUAUAACAGAAAGAGAUAAAAAGUUUAUUGUUGAAAAGUUUACUACAUUAGUAGUGCAAGGAAUGUUUCCAAAAAAUAAUAAAGGAAUAAGUUUAUUUGAAAAUAUUUUAAAACACAUUUGUGUUAUUGAUAUAAAUUGUUUAGAUAUUUUUGUUAAAAAAAUAAUGGAAUGCUUAAAUAAUGUUAAUAUAUCAACUCAAAUUUGCAAUUGUUUAUUAUCUUUGUGCCUAUUAUUACCCUUAUUAAUUAAAUAUAAAUCUAUAUAUUUAAGAGAUAUAUUAUAUGUUAUGAAUGUUGGUAUUGAUAUAUGCGAUGUAUAUAAAAGUUUUACAAUAUUUUCUUUUUUAAGUAUUUUAUUUUCAUAUAUAUCUAUUGUAAAAAUUGAAAAUGUUGAUUAUUCUUUAGCUGUGCAUGAAUAUAAGAAAUUUAUGAAUUUUGAAAAUAUUCAAAAGGAGUUGAAUGAUAAAGAAAUUAAAAAUAUAAUAAUACAAAGAAAAGAAUUAAUUGAUUAUUUAUGUCAAUGGGUUUAUGAAUUUUUUGACAAAAUUUUAUAUUUCAUAAAAUAUUCAAAAAGCGAAAAAAAUAAAGAUAGCAAAAAACAAAAUGGAGAGAAUAAAGAUAACAAAAUAGAAAAUGACUUAUAUACAGGAUUAAAAACAACUAUCAUUUCUUUAUUUAUUCAUUUAGAUCAUGAAAUUAUUUAUGAAUUAUGCCAAAGAUUUUUAAAUAACAUAGAAUUAGAAAAUGCUAAGUUUUUAUCUAUUAUUCCUUAUGCCGUUGGAUUAGUAAAUAAUAAACAAAUUUUUGAUAUGCUUUUUAAUACUUUUUAUAAAAAGUUAAUUACGAAAAAAAAAAAAAAAAAAAAAUUAGAUAAUACACAUAAUGACGAAAAGGAGCAAGAUUAUGUCUACACAAAAAAUGAAUAUGCAAAUGAUGAUACUAUAAAAUGUUAUUUACUAUUUUUGUCUAACUUAAUUCGAAGAGCAAGAAAGGAAUUUUUGAAUUUAGAAGACAUUUAUAAUUUAAUAGAAAUAUAUAUAAUUGAAGAUAAUAAUACUAUAUUUAAAUAUAUAUGUAAAAUUAUAUACAGAUUUUUAGAAUAUAAUUUUAGUUUAACAAUUAAAGAUUAUUCUUGUUUUAAAAUCCAUGAACAAAUGCCAUCUAAAGACAAGGUACUUACUAUUGCAUAUUGGGGCAUUCCAUGGCACAUAUUAAGUAAAAAAAAUAAAUUGAAUGAACAGAAUCUUUUAGGAAUGAAUAAAAAUGAAAAAACAAGUGUUAAUUCUGAAAAAUAUUUCAGCAAUACUGAUGAUUUAAUAAAAUGGAAAGCUCCAUCCUUGGAAGAUAUAAAAAUAGGAAAAGAUUUUAUUUUUUUACUUUUGGACUAUUUAAUUGAUUUAUUAAUACAAUGUAAUAUACCAAUUUGCACACCCAAUUUGACAAAAUAUAUUAAAAAAAGAAAUAUAAAAGAAAAAAAAAUUCAAUGGAAAUUCACUUUAAAUUAUUCCAAUAUUAUAUCAAGAUUUUAUAGAGUAAUUAAAGUUAUUAUUAAACCACUAAGUUUAUUGUAUCCCGAUGAAAGAUAUAACUAUAAUAACUUAUUAGCAAAGUGCCAUGUUAUUAAUACAAAAUUAUCCUUUUAUUUGUAUGUAUAUAUAUCGGAAAUUAUUAUCACUUUAUCAUUACAUGUUUUAAAAAUUCCUAAGAAAAUUAUAGACAUAUCAUCUUAUAUAGAAUACAACAGUAAUGAUGAAAAAUUAGAGAAUAAAUCAUCUUUUAGUUCACUGAAUAGUGAAAAUAACACAAAUGAAAUAAAUGGAAACAUUUCUGAUAAGAAAGAAAUAAAGAAAAUGAAGGAAGAUUUUUUUUUCGAUGUUAUAAAUAAUAGAGAAAAAGAUAUAAAAGCAGAUGCAAAAAUCCAAAGAAAAAUAAUUAAGAAUAUACAUUUAUUACUACUGAAAUGUAAUGAAAAUGCCAACUCUAGUUUAUAUAAUGAAUACAUUAAUAAUGUAUUAUCCUUUACUUAUAAUAUGUAUCCAAAUAGCUAUAACUUCGAUAUUAUAAAAAAUCAAUACAUUAAUAAUAUUUUUUAUUUAUUUAAUGAGAGAUUAAAACAAAGAAAAAAAAAUUAUUGCUUCUCUGGUUAUCGUAAACAACUAUGUAACAUAUUAUUUUUUAUUAAUUUAUCUAUUUACUCUCAGGUUAGAUCUUAUGCACAAACUACAAUUAAAUUAAUUUUACCAUCUUUUAAAAUUAUUAAGGUUCCCUUUUUAAAAACAUGUUCUUUUUAUUUAAAAAAUUAUAUCAAGUUAUAUGUAUUAACACAAAAAAAUAAAGAUGAAAAUAAAGAGUCAUUAAAAAACAUCAAAGAAAAUAAUGAUGAUAUAGAAAAUAAUGCUAGUAUUGAUAUGAAUAAAUUAGCUAGUUUAAAGAGUUUUAGUGAUUUAAAUACUAACGAUUAUUUUGAAAAUAAAUGUAUAAGCUGUUUUAACGGAAUUAUUAUAAAUAUAACAAACAACAUGGGAUUAAUAAAGAAAAUUAUAACAGAUAUAUGUUUAUUGAAAAAGUUUAUUAAAAUUAUUAUCAAUAUUCUAAGAUUAGAAAUUCAAAAAGAGGAAAUAACACUCAAAUGUAUGAAAUUGGUAUAUUCCUUAAUUAAUAAUAGAUUUAUUAAAAAUUCAGUAUAUGAAAAAAAAAAACAAAAAAAAAUUGACCACUUAUUUUUAUUUCUAAAAGAAGAAAGUGAAAAAAAAAAUAAUGUAUAUGUGCAAAUAGUAAUUUUAUCUUUUUUAAUUAGUUUUAAUAAUUUUGUUAUAGAAAACCAUUAUGAAUUUUAUUUUAAUUAUUUAUUAGAAAAUUUGUCAAUUAAGAAAAAUGUUCAUGUUUAUAAUUUAUCACUUUGUGGUUUUAUAAAAUUGUUAAAAUAUUAUAACAAUUUUAAAUUGAGUAUACCAUUGCAUAUAUUCAAUUUUUUUCAAAAAGGAAUAAUUUAUCAUAAUUUUGUCGAAAUAUGCAUAUAUAAAAAUUUAAAAAGUAAAAAAAAAAAUAAUAGUAUAAAUGCCAUAAUAAUAAAUUUAUCUAAAGUUCAAAAAUCUUUUAAAGGUUUUACUCAAAUUAGUGAAAUAUACAUAAAGGAUUUUUAUUCUUAUUAUGUAUUUUUUAAAUUUUUAGUUAAUUUACAAAAUAAUUAUACAAAAGAAAAUACACAAAUACAAAAUAAAGAAAAUGGGAAAGAUUCAAAUCUAUAUCAAAUAAACACCAAUGAUCACAAUAUUAAUGAUACAAAUGCAAGUGAUCUUACUGUAAGUAAUUGCAAAUUUAAAUAUAUUGGAAUAGUAUUAUUUAUACUAAAAAAAUUGCAAAAAGAUGAGUAUUCAGACAAUGAAUUUAAAUCUACCUUUAUAACAAUGGUGUGCCCUUUACUAUUAUCAUUAAGGAAACUAAGAAAUGAGGAAGAAGUAAAUGAAAUUUUAAAUGAUAUUAUAGAAUUGUUAGAAAAAGAGAUAGCCAUUGUAAAUAGCGAAGUCUUUAACAUAUGGAUAUAUUGUUUUCAUUUAUUGUUCAUUAAUAUAAAGAAAAAAUAUAUUCAUAUAUAUAAUAAAUUAUUUGAAUUCUGUUUAUGUUGUAAUUUUCAUGACAUUUCCAAUUUAAUUUUUAAAAAAAAAAUGCAAAUAUUAAAUAUUAUGAUUCUUUAUAGUAUGCAUAAAAAUAUGCAUUUAUUAGAUAAUCAUUUAAAAGAUUUUUUAAAAUUGAUAGACAAUGAUAAUAUAACAGUAAGGCAAAGAAUAGGGGACAUUUUGUGUAACAUCUUAUAUGUGUCAUAUGAUCAUAAACAUUAUGAUCACUUAAAAUAUAUUUACUAUAAUAUAUUAUUUUAUUUAUAUAAUGUAGCUAAAGAAGUUAUUCAAUAUUUGCUAGGUGAUGAAAAUUUAUCAAAACAAUCAAAAAAUAUUUAUGCUCUUGAAACAUUGGCAUAUUUAACAAUUACUAUGUAUACAAAUAAGUGUAUAUAUGUUUUGAAUAAUUUAGGUAUUAUUUUUUUGAAAAUGUUUAUAUUAUCAGUUCAGUUAGUUGAUAAUUAUAUAAAUGAAUUGAUAAAUAAAUCUAUUAAAUGUUUUCUAUGUCCUUCUUUAUAUUUAUUUAAGUUACCAAUCAUAAAUUGUGAAAGCUUAAAAAGUCAUAAUGAUACUAAAAUAUUUGAAAAUCAAGAAUUAUAUAGCACGCAGUUUUUAUUAAAAGAUGAAACAGGAACUUUACUUAUAAGAGAACUUAGUAGUUUAAUAAAUAAUACUAAUUGGAAAGUUAGAAAUUCUACCUUGCAGUUCUGUUAUUUAUUUCAUUCAUACUAUUGCUUAUUUUUAUACGGUAAAAAAGAGCAUUCUUUCUUAUUGAAUAUAUUUAUAUCAUUAUUAGUGGAUAAUUAUGUUGAAAUUCAGAAUUUAUCACGUGAUAUAUUAGCAUCAGCAUUUUUUUAUUAUGAUACUUUAGCUCUUCAGAAAAUUGCAAAUUUUUUUUUAAGCAUAAUAAAUCAAAAGAACUGUUCUCUUAGUAUUUCACAAGAUAAUAAUACGAAAAUCAUAGAAAAAAAAAAAACAGUUGCUAUUUUUGCUUUAAUUAGUAUAGUCAGUUCAUUUCCAAAUUAUAUUCCUCUUUGGCUUCCACAUAUUUUAGUGAGUGUAGCUAAAGUGUCUAAUAAUACAGUUCACAUUAUAAAAAAAGAAAUAGAAAAAUGCAUUCAAAAUUUUUUGAGAACUCAUAAGGAUGAAUGGGAAUACAAAUAUAAACUUAUUUUUACUGAAGAUCAAUUGAAUAUUUUGGAUAUGUAUAAAGGUGGUUUAAAUUACUUUACAUAA